GCAUCUUUGCUUACCUGAACUACCAUGUUCCCCGGACAAGACGGGAGAUCCUGGAGACCCUUAUCAAAGGGCUCCAGCGGCUGGAGUACAGAGGCUAUGAUUCUGCAGGUGUGGGGAUCGAUGGCGGAAACGACAAAGACUGGGAAGCUAAUGCCUGCAAAAUCCAGCUUAUCAAGCAGAAGGGGAAAGUGAAGGCUCUGGACGAAGAGGUUCACAAGCAACAGGACAUGGACCUCGACAUCGAGUUUGAUGUACACCUUGGAAUCGCCCAUACCCGCUGGGCUACCCAUGGCGAGCCCAGUCCUAUCAACAGCCACCCGCAGCGCUCGGAUAAAAACAACGAGUUCAUCGUCAUCCACAACGGCAUCAUCACCAACUACAAAGACCUGCGGAAAUUCCUG